AUGAUAACAUACGAAGACCGCCCUCCAAAUCUGAACGACGGAGCCAAAGCCGGCGACUACUCGCCCCUCCCAUCAUCGAGCGACUUCCAUGAUGAGGACGAAAAGUUACUGCACCCAGGCCGCAUUGCAAGACUGCAGAACAAGUGGACACGCGCCUCGAAAUGGCUUCGCAUCUCCCUCGAGAUCGUCGGCCUGCUCCUGCUUCUCUCCAACUUUUUCAUGCUCCUCAAUUACUCGCAACCCGUCACCGGCCCCGACCCCCGUGUAUCCUCAGGUCCUGCGAACAAACACAUGAUGUACGGCUCUGACCCACGUUACAUGUCCUUCAAUCAUAAGUACGACUACCUCUGGAACGACGCCUUCACAGAAACUUGGGGCGCCAUAGCUCUUCCUCCGUUCAAGGACGCAGCCAGCCUGUACAGCAAAGACUCGUUACACGAUGAAGGCGGUAUCGGCAUGUUUCAUGCGUUCCACUGUCUCGCGUCUAUGCGUGCGGCGUUUCAGAAGAUGAACGAAAGCACGGUGACGCUGGAACAGCUGCAGAAGGGGGAUCAUGUGGCGCAUUGUUUCGACUAUCUGAGGAACGUGAUACUGUGUAUGGCGGAUGGUGAGUAG